GCGUCACCUCGACCCUACGUCAUCACUGUGUCUGAGCUGGCAGCCUAGCUAAAGCUGAUGUAUCCCAUUGGGCGCCUCCGUCAUUGUAAACAUGUAGCCGUGUCACCGGCAUUACCGUGUUGUUAUCCCUCACUGCUCUGCGGUUUGUCAGUACCCCGAACAACGAUGGACGUGUUCGCGACAUUAUCAGCUUCGGAACCAGGCCGGUGUAGCGUUAGCUUGAUAACUAACUAGCUAACGCGGCUACUAACAGCUAACUAUCGGGCCGUGCUUGUAGGAGGCUGGCCUUUGCUAAUUAGACAGCUAGCUUCCAGUUGGCAGCCCUUAGAAAAUCGGGGCUAAAUCGGGGUUAGCCAAACAAAGAAUGAGGAUGGCAAGUAAUGUAAUCUAACAAGGACACAGCAAGAAGUGGAGGACAGAAAAAAAAAAAAAAAAUGAAGAACCCGAGACGUGCCUCGUCACCUGUUAUUAACGGCUGGGAAACCAGACGGAAAAAGAAGGUUGCGGACAUAACGCAAGCCCUGAGUGUGAGUCCCGUUGAUGUGGCAGCUCUGAGGAGGAUGGCUAUCAGCGAAGGAGGACUGCUGACGGAUGAGAUCCGCUGUCAAGUGUGGCCCCGGCUUCUGAACGUCCCCCUCGACGUCUUGGACCAGGAGCCAGAAAAGGUAGACCGGGAGAAUAACAAGGACUACAACCAGGUGUUGCUGGAUGUCCAGCGCUCGCUGCGGAGGUUCCCACCUGGUAUGCCAGAUGAACAGAGAGAGGGUCUCCAGGAAGAGCUAAUUGACAUCAUCCUCCGAGUCCUCAAACGUAAUCCCCAGCUGCACUACUACCAAGGAUACCAUGACAUCGUCGUCACCUUCCUACUGGUCGUGAAAGAGCACCUUGCAACUGCUCUAGUGGAAAAGCUCUCCACGCAUCAUCUCAGGGACUUCAUGGAUCCUACCAUGGACAACACAAAACACAUUCUGAACUAUUUGAUGCCCAUCAUUGAAAGGGUGAACCCUGAGGUCCAUGACUUCAUGCAACAAGCUGAGGUGGGCACAGUUUUCGCUCUCAGUUGGCUGAUCACCUGGUUUGGUCACGUCCUGUCAGACUUCCGCCACGUUGUCCGGUUGUAUGACUUCUUCCUGGCCUGCCAUCCACUGAUGCCCAUUUACUUUGCUGCUGUGAUCGUACUGUACAGAGAGGAGGAGGUGCUGGAGUGUGAAUGCGACAUGGCCAUGGUUCACCACCUGCUGUCUCAGAUUCCCCAGGAUCUGCCGUAUGAGAUGCUCAUCAGCCGGGCGGGAGACCUCUUUGUCCAGUUCCCUCCUUCGGAACUUGCCAGAGAGACUGCCGCACAUGACAACAUGGCAGCCUCUACCUUUAAGGACUUUGACCUUGCGUCGACUCAGCAGCGACCAGACUCUGUUCUCCGUCGCCGUCGCAGACAGAAACAGGCUGCACUGGAGAGUGCGGCAGCGGCGAGCUCGGCGGUGGCGCAGCCUUCAGCAGCGCGGCGGUUUGUUCGACUGGCCGUCAUGGGUCUGACGGUGGCGUUGGGGGCAGCGGCUCUUGCUGUGGUCAACACUGCCCUGGAGUGGGCCCCCAAACUGGACCUGUUUCCCUGAACUGCUCCAACACCCCCGCUGACCUCUCUGUCCUUGGCUGAAUCUAGCUGGUGGGUCUGUUAUCAAGAACCCUUUAAUUAAUUCAUUAAUCAAACCACAAACCCUGCAGUCAAGUCUGGAGCGAACCAGUUAAUGCUCCUCUUUUCGUCCUCGAGGAUGUGUCCUGACGUCCUAUGCAGGGUUCUAUUUUUUUUUUUUAAAUGACUCCUGAAAAACACUCACCAGUGGAACAGCAACAACCACUGGUGCUCUGAAAGGAAGAAUCCAUCCGUAAUGAAGGAGAGACUGUAUUUCUAAGAACUUUUACUGAUGGUGUCGUCAUUAAAGUUUAUUUAUAUUUGGUAUUAAGAGUAAUCAGAUAUCGAGUUACGCUCACAGAGAUUUAUGCUGAAUGCUUGGUGAACUCACUACACUUGAAACUGCUGCCAAUUAAGAGAGCUGAGAGUGAAUGUAUGAGCCUGAGUGUGUUGUGUGUGUGUAUGUGUGUAUAUGCGUGUAUGGUUGCAACCCAUUUGUUAUCUAUUUGAUACUUAGACUGAGACCAAAUAGAGGAUUGUUAGAAUCCUCUCUGUUUUGUUUUUUUUUUUGUUUUUUUUGAAGUAAUAGUUAUGCAAGGAAAAUGUAUGAAGAUAUGGUCAUGACACACAGGAGCUGUUUGAAUAAGCCUCUUUCUGGGAAUGAGUAUCUGGAAAACAUGACGACAGAACCCCUUUGGCUACAAAUUUUAAAUUCUGGCGCCUUGUUCGGGCCAGCUUAACUUAUCUGUAAAAAGUUUUGAACAAAACGUCAUCAUCAAAGUAAACGUAGCCCGCUCGAGAAUGAUCUCAGACCUUAAAGAUGAGGAUUAGGCCCCAGCAUAUCAAACUAUUUUUUUACUGGAGCUUUUCCAAUUACCUGCUGACUUUAUUGUUUGCUUGCACAAACCCUGAACACGUGUCUGUGUUUCAUGCCUCUCCCCCAAAUGACUUGUUUUCCGCGUCACUUUAAUUUCCAGAGAAGAUGAUUAAAUCUCUCGUUACAGUUCAGCAACACACUCACUCAAUGCCUGGUAACAAAAAAAAUAGCAAAGCUUGUGUUCCUUGUGUUGGCACAGUGGACACAGGUAGCACUGACUGCAUUAGUAAAGACAAAAAAAAACACUAAAAACUCUUGAUAGGUGCUUUACUUUCUCGGACUACAAGGGUGCUCCUGUCAGGAAAAAAAAAGCAUCUCAGCCUUUAAAUUAACACUGUCCAAUGUUUUUUUUGUUUCAAUCAUGACUACUUACUUUAUUUGAACACAUGCCAUCUCGUAUGUUCGGAUUACUUUGAGUGUAACACGUCACAUUUCAGGUGCAGCCCAGCUCAUUCCAUUGUUCCCAGUCAUUUCUCAUUCAAUCACGUAUGUGAAAAGCAGUAGACGAUUGCUUAGGUUUCAGUGGUAUGGCACUCACCGGAAUAGUCUUAUCGUAAGAAUAAAAUAUAUAUAGCAAAUAGUUUGUCAGAGCACUUCAUUCUGAGGUAGAUAAUUUGGGUUAUCAGUCAUUUUUAAAAAUAUAUUUUGCAUAACAGAAAUCUUCACAAUUAUAGACUUGAGUUCGAGGUCACCUACUUUACAUCACACGGCACAACAGUCAACCUAAACCCCUCAGUUCAGUUGAGAAAAGAAACACGUUGGGUGAAAAUUGUUCACGUUCUAAUACAAACUGAACACUUGGGCAUUCCAUUCCUAUUUCAGAGUUGACUGGUUUAAUUGCCAUCAUGGUGAACCACCUAUUUAGACGGUGAAGUGAAGGUGACCUGGAACGUGUCCAAGGAUGCUCUUAGGUGCCCAAGGGUCUAGUUGUAAUGCACCACGUAUCUGCACUCAGUGGUUUAUUCAUUUUUAUUUUCAUUGCACUAAAUGAUUUAUCUGCCUUUUAUGUUUUAUUUUGUUAUAAUGAAUCUGUCAUACUAAUGUAAAGUUGUACAAGAGAAUGCUAAUAAACUAGAGUGAAAAUGUU